AUGAAUUUUGAUGGGGAUUCUCGAGGUAAUCCUGGAGCUUCAGGAGCAAGGUGUAUAAUUCAUUCUCCAGAUGGAGUAGUAAAAGAAAAACAAGAAAAAGUGCUAGAAGAUGAUACUAAUAAUGUUGCAGAAAUCAAAGCAGCCAUCGAAGGUUUAUCAAUUUGUAGGGAACUUGGAUUAAAGAAAGUGGAAAUUGAAGUGAAGCGAAUCCUUGGAGAAGAAUUCCUUGGAACAUACCACAAAUAUAGGGUGAAUAUGGUAAUCCCAAUAGUGUUUGUGGCCACUAUUCUUCAUUCAAGCCUCUCUAAAGAAAAGAUCGAAGCUCUAUGUAGAAAGGUUUUUAAGGCAGACCUCGUGGGAGACUUAAGCAUGUUGCAGGGAUGUCAAGUAAGAUUUAAGUUCUCAAUACAAGAGAACGCACUAUCCUCAAGACAUUCUUCUGAGCUGUGUAGGAUUAGUAGGGGCAGUUCGUUAGUGCUUUGCAAGGAUAGAGACUUCUUGCAGUCAGAAGGUGUUGCACAUGUAAAAAUUGUUGAAAUGUUGCUACUUAUUAAACACUUGUUGGGUUCUGAAGAUCACCAUCUGCCAUCAAGAAUGAUUGAAAUGAACAUUUGGCAAUUGAAGGAGGACCAAGUGCAAGGGGAGGAGAAUAGAACUCUGCGAAGCGCAGUGUUUUUUUUGUUAGCUUUCUAUUCUUUUAAGGCUCUCGUUGGUGCAUUGAAAGGUAUUCCAGAGUACGAUGCAAGAGAAGGCAUAUAUUUCGAAGCGCUCUCUGCAGAUUUGCAGAACUUCGCAUUUUAAAAAAGUAAUAUUGUUUUUUAAUUUAAUGAGCAACAUCUGCUGACGCACACAUCUGGCUGAUCGAGUGUAGGAAAUUCAAGGUGGCAUUCUGUAAAAUGGGCUUUGGUUUCAGGGCUUUGUGUUGUCGUCCAUGCCUUGUGAUGUUUCUUUGAUCUCCUUUUUUGAUUUUCGUCCCUUAGAAAUCCCUUCUUGAGGACUGCAUAUUAUUCUCUCUAUUUCAUCUGUUCAGUUGAACAAGCACUAGAGCAAUUAUGGCUCGACUAUUAUCGGACAUAUUCCUGGGAAUUUCUCUGACCGUCCUUUUUCUCUGUCCAUAGUUGUAACAUAUAUUACCUAGGGUUUCAAGUUUUGAUUGAUGUCAGCUCAACAUUUUUUUAUUUUUAAUCAUAUGUUUGGGGGGCCAAUAGCAUGGCUUGGUUUGUACUUUGUCAAGAGUAUGCUAGGUCUAUUUCCCAAUUUGACAGAAAUAUGUAAUCAACUUUUAACACUUGUCUGCACGUAGGGGUUUUGUAACUUCUGAAAGCAAUAUCUUAAAAACUCAGAACAGUUCCAUAUGUAAAUAUAUCACUUGGCUGCAACCAUACUAGGUUUAUGUUG